UCCGAUUAUCAAUCUCAUUCAGUUCAUUCUUGGAACUUUCCUUUUUUCCGUGUGACCGCAGCAAUAGAAUUAGAAACUAGAAAUUACGAAAACUAGCAACCAAACAAUACAAAACUCCAUAACCCCAUUCGUAUCUAUCCUUCAAUCAAUCUGCUAUCAUAGUUUUCUCCGGCGAGACUUUUUGCCGAUUCCGAUCCAAGAACACCCUACAAUCGGAUUUUCUCGCGAUUUCGAUUCCAGAUUCAAUCACAACUCACAAGAAGAACAAGGAGGGAAAAUGAAGAGAGUCUUCGGUGUGAAGAAAGACAAGGAGCCACCUCCGUCCGUUCAUGACGCCUCCGAUCGGAUCAAUAAAAGGGGUGAUUCAGUGGAGGAAAAGAUCAAAAAGCUUGAUGUAGAACUUACUAGAUACAAAGAACAGAUUAAGAAAACAAGACCUGGUCCCGCACAAGAAGCUAUUAAAGCUCGAGCCAUGAGAGUUCUCAAGCAAAAGAGAAUGUAUGAGGGGCAACGUGACAUGCUGUACAAUCAGACGUUUAACCUUGAUCAAGUUGCAUUUGCUGCUGAGGGCAUCAAAGAUGCGCAGCAAACUAUGUCAGCUCUAAAAUCAGCUAACAAGGAGUUGAAAGGGAUGAUGAAAACCGUGAAGAUUCAAGACAUAGAUAACUUGCAAGAUGAGAUGAUGGACCUGAUGGACGUAAGUAAUGAAAUUCAAGAGACCCUGGGUAGAAGCUAUAGCGUGCCUGAUGAUAUUGAUGAGGAAGACCUUAUGGGUGAGCUUGAUGCUUUAGAAGCUGACAUGGGAAUGGAAAGUGAAGCUGAUGGCGUGCCUUCUUAUCUCCAACCUGAUAAGGAACCUGACUUGGAUGCAGAGCUCAACUUGCCUUCAGCACCGAUGGGACAUGCGGCAGGCAGAUCAAAUGUUCAUGCUGAGGACGAACUGGGUUUACCUGCUGUUCCCCGGGCAUCCCUUCGCGAUUAGUGAAAUGUUGGUUGUGUUUUCUGCGUCCAUUCAUUAUCGGUGAUUACUCGCCCUUGUAAACAUAUUGUGCAGAAGUGAACCUCGUCUCAUUUGGUACUCUUAUAUCUCCAUAUCUUAGACCUAGUUGCCCGUUACCAUGAAUAGUGUGCUAUUAUGAAUAAAUAUACCGCAUUGAUUUGCCACUCAAUAUUCAUACAUAUAUUUUUUGAUAACUCUCUUUAUGUGAUUACUUUUGUUUUAACGAGUCCAGUGAAAUGACUCGAUGUUCCUCCGCUAUAGGAUGACAGACUUAAAAAGCUCUUAGAAGUUCAAAACAAAACAGAGGUUUUCAAUGCCCAUUUUUC